AUGAAAGGACGCGCCAGAGCGCCUCGCGAAGAGCCGUGGAUUCCAGGCCCAAGAGACUGGGCCUUUUGCUGUCUCUAUGCGGCGACCCUUUGCUCGGCCACCGCAGUCUUCAUCGGCUCGGUGCUCUUGGACGGUGACGGGCGUGACGGGCCGGUGCCCAGGCCGGAACCUCAGCUCGCGCCAGCUGCAGCGGCGCCACAAGCGGCAACGGCGCCCGCACCUCGAGCGCCCUCAGAGCUGCUGCCCAGGGCGGUGUGGCCAAAGGUCAGCGAGACGCCAAGGCCGAGUUUGGCCUCGGUCCAGUUGUGGAGUCAAAGUCCACCGAGCCCAUCAAUCCUGUCAAGUCCGUCAAGUCCAUCAAAUUGCGUAGCUGAAAUUCCACUGCUGGCUGCCAAGCUGUCAGCUGGACUGGAGAAUGUUAGUGCUCGUCGAGCCUUGGAGCUCGCGGCAGAUGCGUGGAAGAGGUUAUUGACGGGUAAGAUCCAGGUGGAGUACAUGCGGAAGAGGAUGUGCAGCCGUAUGGAGGAUUGGUUCAACACCCUGACCAAGUUCCCAUGGGCGAGGCCACGGAGAGGUCGCUGGGAGGUGACCUCGGUCAUGGUGUGGCCUCAAGCAGCCUAUCUGCACUUCGGCGUGAAGCGAGUGUGGAGCUUGGGUGAGUAUACGCAGUGGGCAGAUCUGUGUGCUGCGUUGGCCACCCUGGGCCUUGAGGUCUUGCUGUGGCCUUUCGAGGGCAAGAAGUGUCCCAACAUAGGUCAUUAUCAGAAUGCUCACAUUAUCUACACCGACUACAACGGGGUUCACGCUGGAAAAGCCGCGGGCAAUCUUCCUCCAGCCGACAAGACCUGGCUGCUGGACACCUUUGGCACGGAUGGAACCGUGGUGGAGCACAGCUUCUUCGGGCGUAUUCCCCCACUCACGGACUACCCACUGCAUCGCUUCCUCACGUUGGUCCCCGGCUUCAGCGCCCGCAAUACCUUCCUGGGUGUGGCGGUGGCUGGCGGAAAGGACGAGGCUCCCCUUCCGGAUCGCCAGUGGCAGUGCGUGUUGUGGAGCAAGGUGCACCCGUGGCUGUCGGAGAAGAAUGGCUUCCCUGCCUACCACUCCCAGCUGCUCCGCGAGUACAGCAAGCACUGCAAAGUCAUCGCCACGAUUGACAGCAAGGACACCUACAAGACAGGUGACCUGAUCAGGUCCUGCUGCCCCGACGUGGAGAUCCGAGGUGUUCUGUCACCACAGGAGUUCCAUGACCUAUUGCGCGGCUCUGCAGUCUACGUGGGUGUAGGCGAGCCACUGAUUGCCCCCUCCUGCUUCGAAGCGCUAAGCCUGGGCACUCACGUGGUACAGCCGCGAUUUCCAGAACCUCGUGUGUUGCGAAACAAGCCGAUCACGCAGAACUGGACAUCGCAGCAUCCCUUCCUGGAGAAGGUGCCUGAGCCUUUCGCCUUUACCAUCGAUCCCUUGGAUGUCGAGGCGAUUGCCUCCACCUUCCGCACCCUGCGCCGGGCCUUUGACUCCGUCUACGCGCGUGGGGACGCCGAGGCCGUGGACCUUCGCAGGUUCUACUCAGCUGGCACUUAUCCCGGAAGGGAGGACUUCUCAAUCCGCGGCUUCUUGAAGCGUGUCGCUGGCACAGUCAGCAACACAAGGACACUGGAAGCUGCUGACUGGGACUGGGAGCGCCAGCAUCAUCCACAGCAGCUGCCGGCCAGAGCAAUGGCUUGA